AUGAUCUCCAUUUUAGCUUUCUGUUUCUUUUUCUUUACUUCCGUCAUUUUUUGCUUCCUUCCUUUUCAGUUAUCCAGUCCUUCAUAUUGGGCGCUUUGCCCCUGGUGGCUGCCCAAAACCAUUCUUCUGGCCUUAAACCAAUCUAAGAGCAGAUUCUUAAAAUAUGGCCGUGUGCCAGGCAAACUUAUUUCCUUCUCUUUACAUUUUGUGAGGAACCAAUUGCCAAUUUUCUUUUUCUUUUCCUCUUUUUCAUUUUCUUUUUCCCGUUCUUCUUUUACUUCUUCUUGCUCCUUUUCUUCUUCCUCCUCUUCUUCUUUAUUGAUGCUUUUCUAUUUUGUUGUUACCAAUGUUUUUCUUCUUCUUCUUCUUCUUCUUCUUCUUCUUUUUCUUCUUCUUCUUCUUCUUCAGCGAUGGCUUUUUCAUCAUUUCAAUGUAAUUACCGUCUCUUUCCUUUUAUUUCGUCUGCUAUGUUGUUGUCUGUUUUCUUUUACUUUAUCUUCUUUCUUCUUUCUCCUUUCUUCUUCUUCUUCUUCUUCUUCUUUUUCCUUAUUUAUUUUCUCCUUCUUUUUGCCGAUUUUUUUAUCAUUUUCAUUUAACUGCUUUUCUUUUUCUUUCUUCUUUUCUUCUUCGUUUUCAACUUCUUCUUUAUUUUUUUUCUUCUUCUUUUCUUCUUUUCUUCUUUCAGAGGAUUUCUUUUUACAUCCUCCUCAUUUUCAUCGAUGUUGUUUUUCAUUAUUUUCAUUUAAUUGCUGCUCCUUUCUCUUUCUGAUAUCAAUUUUCUUCUUCUUCUUUACUUUCUUCUUCUUUUUCUUCUUCUUUCUUCUUCGCUUCUUCAUUUUCGUUGUUGAUGAGUACUUCAUUAUUUUCAUUCAGUUGCAGUUACUUUCUUUUUUUUUCUUCGUCUUUGUUACAAAUUUCCUUUUCAUUUGCUAUUUCCUCUUCUUCUUCUUCUUCUCUUUCUUCUUCUUCUUCUUCUUCUUCUUCUUUCAAAAAUCUAAACAAUCUUCUUCUUCUUCUUCUUUUCUUCUUCUUCUUCUUCUUUUCUUCUUCUUCCUGCAUUUGUCCUACUUUUAUCUCCUCUUCAUUUGCAUUGUUGAUUGCUGUUACUUUUUACUUUCGUCUGAUUUAUCUUUUCUAUUUUUUGUUAUAAAUUUUCUUUCUUCUUCUUCUUUUUCUUCUUCUUCUUCUUCCUCUCCUUCUUUAUUCAUGUUUUUCAUCAUUUUCAUUCAAUUGUUGUUCUUUUUUUCUUUCUUCUUCUUUAGUAUUUCUAUUUUGCUGUUACUAAUCUUCUUUUUCUUUUUCUACUUCUUUUUUCUUUCCUCUUCUUCUUCUUUUUCCUCCUCUUCUUUUUCUUAUUUAUUAAUGAUUUUUAUUUAUUUUCAUUCAAUUGUUGCUUCAUUCUCUUUCCUCUUCCUUAUUUUUUUCUUUUUUUUUUUCUUUUCGAUCCUUUGUCAUUACUCUGUCUCUUUUCUCUUUCCUCUUAUGGAUGUUCUCCUCCUCCUCCUUUUUUCUUCUUUAAUAAAUGUCCUCAUUCUUAUUUUUCUUUCCUAUUCUUUUUUCCACUUUCAUUCCUCUAAUUUAAUAUUUCUUCUUCUUAUCUUUUUAUUUCCAAUUUUUAAAUUUUUCUUUCUUAUUCUCAUCGCUGUACACGUAUUUCUUUCUUUAUAUUGCUUUCUCUUUCGUCUUUUCCUUCUUUUGUUUCAUUAUUUCUUUUUCUUCUAUUUUAUAUAA